AUGAAAGAUGAAGAGUCAUGGACUCUGACAGGCAUGACAUGGAGAACGGCCCAAGGUGUGGUCCCACCAAGCACUAGGGGUCUUCAGGUCCCCUCCCCGAGAAGCCUGAUGACCUACCUCAAGGACAUGACUGGACCUGACCACCAAUCUAGGGCAGGGUGGGGAGACAGAAGCUGUUCUGUCCACCUAAGCUCCUCUCAGCCCACCCUUCGUGGCCCCCAGCUCUGUCAGCUCCACCCUGGCAAUCGGAUAAAACUGGCUUCCCUCCAGGAUGGGGGUGCAGCCUCAGAAGCCACCCAUCCUUUGGCUUUGGGGACAGCACAGAGAUCCAUACUGAAUCACACAUCCCACCCCCCAAUAAAGAAAUGGCAGAAAACCUCCAAAAAAGCAGACGGAGGGUGGUUGGCUGAGAGGGAGAGGACUACUCCGCUCUGUCUCUUGCGAGGAGUAGGACGUACGCGCCUGCGCACUGCAGUAGCGUCUGGUGGUCGUUGGCCGGUCCACUGGUGGGUGCGCCUCCAGGGACUCACCACUGUCAGCAGCACCUUAGCCAAGAUCCUGAAGAUCGAAGCCAAGAUGGCUCGGACUCAAAAGAACAAAGCCACAGCACAUUACCUCGCGGUUAAGGCUAGCUUUGCUAAGCUUGGCAGAGAACGCAUUACUCCAAAAGGUGGUUGUGGUGGUGGGCCAGGAGAGGGUUUUGAUAUGGCCAAGACAGGUGACACUAGAAUUGGGUUUGUGGCUUUUCCAUUUAUGGGGAAAGCAACACUGCUCAGUAAACUGGCAGGGGUAUAUUCCGAGAUGGCAGCCUAUGAGUUCACUACUCUGACAUCUGUGCCUGGCAUCAUCAGAUACAAAGGUGCCAAGAUCCAGCUCCUGGAUCUCCCAGGUACCGUAAAGGGUGCCAAGGAUGGGAAAGGUAGAGGCCAUCAAGUCAUUACAGUGCUGCAAACGUAUCACUUGAUCCUGAUUGUUUUGGAUGUCCUGAAACCCUUGAGACAUAAAAAAGUAAUUGAAAAUGAGUUGAAAGUCUUUGGCAUUUGCUUGAACAGCAAACUCCCUAACACUGGCUUUAAGAAGAAAGAUAAGGGAGGCAUUUAUCUCAUGACCACUUGCCCUCAGAGUGAGGUGGAUGCUGAAACCGUGAGGAGCAUUCUGACUGAAUACAAAAUUCAUAAUGCUGAUGUCACUCUGCUUAGCAAUGCCACAGCGGAUGACUUCACUGAUGUGGUAGGAAGAAGCAGAGUUUAUAUCCCCUGUAUCUAUGUGUUAAAUAAGAUUGAUGAGAUUUCCGUUAAGGAAUUGGAUAUCAUUUAUAAGGUGCCUCACUGUGUAGCAAUCUCUGCCCAUCACUGCUGGAAUUUUGAUGACUUGUUGGAAAAGAUCUGGGCCUAUCUGAAACUAGUGAGGAUUUACAUUAGACCCAAAGGCCAGCUGCCAGAUCACAGAUCCCCAGUGGUGGUGCAUUACCCCAGGACCAUGGUGGAGGAUUUCUGCUUGAAGAUUCACAAAAACCUUAUCAAAGAGUUUAAAUACACUCCAGUCUGGGGGCUUGCUGUGAAACACAAUCCUCAAAAAGUGGGUAAAGACCAUACGCUGGAGGACGUCAUUCAGAUUGUGAAGUGGAACCUUUCCAUUUCCCCAUCUGCCAGGCCAAGCACAGCAGCUUUCCCGGUGAUCACCCUACUCCAAUCCCCUUCUGGCUUUGGCAGCCUCUUGAUCAAGAUUCAGGGGAGGGAGAUGGAGACACUCAAAGUGGAACUUCACUUGUAUUAUCUUGGUGUCAUCUUGUAUAUUGAACUGCAUAAAGGACAUGAUAGGAAAAAAAGAAAAAAUAAUGACCACAUUCAGUGA